GCUGAAAGGCAGCACGAUAACCGGAGGGUCACGUGGUCGGAGUCGAAGCGGCCAGAAGAAUCGCAGAGCAUCGCAGAGCAUGGCGGAACCCACUCGGCCGGUCCGGCCGAUUCUCGCAACUUCCAAGGCCACCCCCGCUGGCUGCCUCAGGCACCUUCUAGAGCCAUCUAGAGCUGUCGAGUGCACGAGUGCAACACCCAUCCAUGGAUCAUCCACCCCUGCAGGUGGCAUCAUCAAUACCCUCAAUCAUGGCUGCCACCAGGUAUAAAGACCCCCUCGAGCUCGAUUCAACUUGCUCUUCAUCAGAUCAGAAUCAAUCAAGCACUCAACAAGAACAACAACUUCUCUAAUCCUCUCCAACUACCACCACUACCACUACAACGCGCUCUUCUACAAACUCUUUUCUACAUCUACAACCAACUACUACUACAACCACCAUGUCUCUCUUCCGCAGCAUCCCUUCCGCUGGUGAAUUCGGCCCUCUCUUCCGUCUCCUGGACGACUAUGACCUCCACCGCUCCGGCCAGGGCGCUAGCUCCUCCACCACCGCCGCCGCCCGCUCCUUCGCGCCUCGCUUCGACGUCCGCGAGACCGCGGAGGGCUACCACCUCGACGGCGAGCUGCCCGGCAUUGCCCAGAAGGACGUCGACAUUGAGUUCUCCGACCCCCAGACCCUCGUGAUCAAGGGUCGCACCGAACGCGAGUACCACAACUUCGACGAGAGCGAGGAGGGCCAGCAGGGCCAGCAGGGCCAGCAGGAAACCGCCACCCAGGAGAACAAGGACACGGAGAAGGCCACCGAAAGCACGGAGGUCUCCAAGACCGGCGACAAGCAGGUCGGCAAGAACCACAAGAACAAGCCGCACUUCUGGGUCAGCGAGCGCUCCAUCGGCGAGUUCCACCGCACCUUCAGCUUCCCCACCCGCGUCGACCAGGACAGUGUCAAGGCCAGCCUGAAGAACGGCAUCCUCUCCAUCUUCGUGCCCAAGGCCGCCAAGCCCACUUCCAAGAAGAUCACCAUUGAGUAAGUGGGGGGCACCAGCUGAGCUGAGCGAGGCGAGACGCGACGCGACGAGAUGAGAAUUUGUGACCGGUCGAGGUUUUAGCAUAGCGAUCGAAUUUGUGGCUUUCACCUUGUUUUGUGUUUUUCUUCUUGAG